CCCAGAGCGCUCACGCGUAAAGUGGCUAAGACCAAGCGCGGCAGGAGCACAACGACCAUUUGCUGUAGCAAGCCAACGACAUCCCAACGACAGUCGGUCCUCACAACGCAGCAAUGACUGCAUCAUACAGUAACUCGACAGCGGAUGCGAAUCGCGAUGUUACCUGGGAAUGGAUUUACAGCAGCGGGGCGUCACCGCGCGACUCGGACGACUCUGACGACGGCGAAGGCGGCCGCAAACGCCGUAAGGUCGAUACCACAAGCAUCAUUGGCGCCAGACUCGGCUCCUUUGAGUGUAAGAUUGGUGACUGUGUACUCCUCAAGGCAGACGGGUCGAAUGAUUCUUGGGUUGCUAUGAUUUGCGAGUUUGUGGAGGAUGACGACGAAAGCAACGGCGAGAUGGCUGCCAAUUUCAUGUGGUUUUCUAGCGAAAAGGAGAUUCGAAGUAAAGAGAAGAAGCGCAAUGACUUUUACUGGAACGAGCUCUACCUCUCCCCGUCAUGGGACAUUAACCCGUUGGCGUCCAUUAACGGCAAGGCCAGAGUCAUGUCGCUGGACCGGUUCCUAGUCCGCCACCCUUCUGGCAAAAUAUCGAAAAACGCGCCUGAAUUCGGUAAAAGUUUCGUCUGUCGCCGCGGCUGUAACACAAGAACAGCAACCUAUUCGAACGAAUUUGUUUGGGAAGAGGUAUACAACAACGGCGAGGACAUCUUCGCACUGAUGGACUUUAUCGAGCAAGGAACGAAACCAGCAGCCCGAACAACAACACGCUCUACGCGAGCAUCAUCCCCAGCACCAAAAGAUACAGCUUACGUCCCACCUGUCACACCCACCAAAGCGGCGCGAACAUCUGCCAUCACACCACGCAGCAAAGUCCCACGUUCAGCCUCGAAGCGACUCGAGUUCACACCGCUCGCAACCCGCAAACUUGACGACAGCAACGUUAAUGCGUCACCCUUUCAAAUUGCCCGAUCACGCCUACAUGUAUCGUCUGUGCCGUUGAGUCUGCCGUGCCGCGAGGGCGAGUUCUCGCUCGUCUACUCGCAUCUCGAGGCCGCCAUCUCUGAUGGCACAGGAAACUGUAUCUACAUCUCAGGAACACCGGGAACCGGUAAGACAGCCACAGUUCGCGAGGUCGUGUCCCGUCUGGAAGACGCUGUAGGCCAAGAUGAGCUUGACGACUUCAUUUUUGUCGAAAUCAACGGCAUGAAGAUUACGGAUCCGCACCAGUCUUACAGUCUUCUCUGGGAGGCCCUGAAAGGCGAGCGUGCCAGUCCGUCACAAGCUCUUGAGAAUCUUGAGAGCGAGUUCAAGAACCCAAGUCCGCGCCGUACACCAUGUGUCGUGCUCAUGGACGAGCUCGACCAGCUGGUGACCAAGAACCAGACUGUCAUGUACAACUUCUUCAACUGGCCGACGCUUCGACAUUCACGUCUCAUUGUCUUGGCUGUGGCCAACACCAUGGAUCUUCCCGAACGUACGCUUAGCAACAAGAUUAGCUCCCGUCUGGGUCUCACUCGUAUUACUUUUCCGGGAUACACGCACGAGCAGCUCAUGCAGAUUAUUCAGUCCCGUCUAGAGGGUGUCCCUGGCAACAUUGUAGACCCGGAUGCCAUACAGUUUGCAUCGCGAAAAGUCGCAGCGGUUAGUGGUGAUGCCCGACGUGCCCUCGACAUCUGUCGGCGAGCCGUGGAGCUCGCAGAGGCAGACGCCCCGGGUGACUUCGCAUCUCCUACCAAGGGAGCAUCAGGGAAGGGCCGCGUGACGAUUUCCACCAUCAAGCGUGCAAUCAAUGAGGCCACGACAAAUCCUAUUCAGCAGCACCUGCGCAACCUCCCUCUCACAUCCAAGCUCCUCAUGGCUGCACUGCUCGUACGUGUCCGCCGCAGCGGUCUUGUUGAGACCACCUUUGGCGAGACAAUGGACGAGCUUCAGCGUGUCUCGGCAUACGUAUCCCGCGCGCCGAGAGGCAUGGCGCAAGUCCUCGACAAUGGAACCAACAGUGCGACAGGUGGGGGUGGAAGCCAUCAGAGGCACUUUACACGGCCGAGCUACAUCCACACAGCCGCCAUGGAGCUCGUUGCUGCCGGCCUUAUCAAUCUCGAAUCACAUCGUGCUGACCGCUCAAGUAAACUGCGUCUCGCAGUCGCUGAUGACGAAGUCAAGAUGGCGUUGCGAGACGAUGCCGAUCUGAAAGCCAUGGGAGUAGGCGUUUAAAUGGGGGAUACAAAAGUCACGGUCCAACUCAAUAUCACGA